CCGGACCCGGCGCCCACACGGUCGCGGCGCGAUGGCACACGCCGGAGGCCCCGGGGCCAGAAAGGAUAUUUUGGAACGUCUGGAUAGUGGAGAGGUUGUGGUUGGAGAUGGCAGCUUUCUCAUAACUCUGGAGAAGAGGGGCUACGUGAAGGCUGGGCUCUGGACUCCGGAAGCAGUGGUAGACCAUCCCGAUGCAGUUCGUCAACUUCACAUAGAAUUCUUGAGAGCAGGAUCAAAUGUCAUGCAGACUUUCACCUUUGCUGCCAGUGAGGACAAUAUGGAAAGCAAGUGGAAAGCUGUGAACGCUGCUGCCUGUGACCUUGCCAGGGAAGUGGCUGGCAAGGGUGAUGCUCUGGUAGCUGGGGGGAUCUGCCAGACAUCAGUGUACAAACACCACAAGGAUGAAGCCACAGUUAAAAAACUCUUUCAACUCCAGCUAGAGGUUUUUACAAAGAAAAAUGUGGACUUCUUGAUCACAGAGUAUUUUGAGCAUGCCGAAGAAGCCAUAUGGGCUGUGGAAGUCUUAAAAGAAUCGGGUAAACCUUUGGCAGCUACCAUGUGCAUAGGCCCGGAUGGAGACAUGUGUGGUGUGACACCUGGAGAAUGUGCUGUUAAGCUGGUGAAGGCAGGGGCUGCAAUCGUGGGUGUGAACUGCCGCUUCGGGCCCAGCACCAGCUUGAAGACAAUGAGGCUCAUGAAGGAGGGCCUACAGGCCGCGGGGUUGAAAGCGCACCUGAUGGUGCAGUCCCUGGGCUUCCACACCCCUGACUGUGGCAAAGGCGGGUUUGUGGAUCUCCCAGAAUAUCCCUUUGGACUCGAGCCCAGAGUUGCAACCAGAUGGGAUAUUCAAAAAUAUGCCAGAGAGGCCUACAAUCUGGGGAUCAGGUACAUUGGCAGGUGCUGUGGAUUUGAGCCCUACCACAUUAGGGCAAUUGCAGAGGAGCUGGCCCCCGAAAGGGGCUUUUUGCCCCCAGCUUCGGACAAACAUGGUAGUUGGGGAAGUAGCCUUAAUAUGCACACCAAACCGUGGAUUCGAGCCAGAGCUAGAAGGGAGUAUUGGGAAAAUCUGCUGCCACCUUCGGGCAGACCUUUCUGUCCUUCACUGUCACAGCUAGACGCCUAAGGAGCGGUGAAAGAAAACACUGAAAUGACAGAACAGAAAGAAAUCUGGAACUCUUCCUCGCCUUUACCCUCCACGCACCCUGCUAGCUCCAGCUGAACAGCUAAUGUGCUCCUGGCCCUUCAGUUCAGGGCAACAUAUGCAUCUUGCACUCCCGCUGUGGAUGAGCACCCACCUGGGUGCUGCAGGGGAUGCAAAGACGAUGAGAAAGGCCCCUGGUCCCCCAGUUACUUACUGUCCAGUAAUGCUGUGCUACAUUCUUUGGAAGGUCAUCAAGAAGAGCAAAACUUGUCUUUUAGGGUGAAUUUGAGAUUUUAAAAUAACCAGAAGUCACUGAACACCAAAUCUAUUGAUUAAUUCAGGCAACUAAGCUAGGUGCUUGAGGAAGAUGGAGGAGCAAGGAGUCUGCUUUUCUUACAUGACUUGUAUAAUGACGCCAAGGGCAAUCCCAAAGGAAUAGAUGCAAAAAAUGCUUUGAGUAAUGGCAGGGUUAUUGAAGUAAGUGUAUAACCUUCCAAAGUGAUUACUUUCAAAGAUGAGUUUACUUAAAGGUGUUAGGUCCUAGAAUUUUUAAAAUGCGUCCUUAUGAGGGGCACCUGGGUGGCUCAGUCAGCUAAACAUCCGACUCUUGAUUUCCACUUAGGUCAUGAUC